AUGCGCUUCACCAGGCGAGUAUCGACGCCCAUAGCUGUCGCAGGUCUUGCCGCCGCUGGGUACUAUGGCUACCAGCAGUAUCAGCACCAAGGGAUUGUACCAUCCAACAGCCCCACUACGACUUCACUUGCACCAAGCGUUACAUCGGGACAGAGUAGGCCUUACAGCACUGGAACUGCAGACACUCAAGUUGCCGGCGUAAGCGAGUCGGUCGACGUGCUAGGCGCGACUCAAUUGCCAGAGGCUGUCCGCAAGGCGCUUGUUGUAGACCAGGGCAACCUUUACACUGCGCAAAUACCGGCAGAUCAGCCCAUCAGCAAAGAGACCGACCAAUCCGGUCGCAAAGUGCUCGAGAUGCUUACCCCCGAGCAAGCCACGGCCAUGCUGCGGAGAAACGAGGAGAGCUACCUUGUAGGCAGAGGGGAAGGCGUGGUGCGGUAUGAUGUCGUGCAGAUACCCAGCAAUGACCCAAUAGAGGAUGACCACGUCGAAAAGAUCGUUGAGGUGCCUGACACGAUCGCUGCUGCCGAAGACGGCAAGACGAGGUCGGACUGGAUGUUCUGGGGUGUCUUCGACGGUCACGCUGGCUGGACUACAUCUGCUAAGCUAAGGCAAACACUAGUGUCGUAUGUGGCAAGGGAGCUCAACGCGACCUACAAGUCGGCGCUGCAGGAUCCCAAACUUACCUUUCCGACGCCGGACGCGGUGGAUGCGGCCAUCAAGAAAGGCUUCGUGACGCUAGAUAACGAGAUCACGCACGACAGUGUAGCCAAGGUUCUGAAAUCGCAGUCAAAGGUCGUCGCUGCGGAGAUUCUUGCGCCUGCGCUAUCCGGCUCAUGCGCACUCCUUUCAUUCUACGAUUCACGCUCGAAGGAGCUCAAGGUAGCAUGCACAGGCGACUCGCGUGCUGUACUUGGCCGACGAGGUAGCAGUGGCAAAUGGACCGCCACCGCUCUAUCGAUCGAUCAAACUGGUGGCACAGCGUCAGAAGAUGCCAGGCUGCGAGCUGAACACCCUGGCGAGCCGUAUGUCACGCAGAAUGGGCGAAUCCUAGGCGGUCUUGAGCCAAGCCGAGCGUUCGGCGACGCCAUCUAUAAGUGGUCUACGGAGACGCAGAAAAAGCUGAAUGCGUCUUACUUCGGCCGUUCACCGUCGAAGCUUUGUAAGACGCCGCCGUACGUUACCGCCGAGCCCGUCGUUACCACUACCAAGGUAGACCCUACCAAGGGCGACUUUGUGGUCAUGGCGUCAGAUGGACUGUGGGAGAUGCUCACUAAUGAAGAAGUCGUCGGUUUGGUUGGCCAGUGGCUCGAGAAGCAAGCGUCGAUUAGCGGCACCAAUCUGACUGUUGGCCGGUCUGCUAACAGCGCUGGUGGCUGGUUACAGAGUUGGUUUAGCACGCAGAAAGCCGCUUCUCUUCCCGUUGAGCAUCACGACUUAAAAGAUGAGGGUGGUCAGCGUGCGCCAAUCCGGCAGCAGCAAUGGGGUGUCCAAACGGGCCAAGACCAACGAUUUGUCGUAGAGGAUCGGAAUGCUGCGACCCACCUGGUGCGAAACGCAUUGGGUGGGAAAGACUCGGACAUGCUGUCUGCGCUCCUCACACUGCCAGCGCCGUAUAGUCGGCGAUACAGAGACGAUCUGACAGUGCAGGUUAUCUUCUUCGGCGAAGGCGAAGGCAAUGGGAGGGUUGAACUGAACAAGGAGGCGUCCGCAACGGCGAAUGGGAACGAAGCAUUAAAGGCGAAGCUUUAG